UUCCGAGCUUCCAUAUCAAACUGGGGUGGACUCUCUGUCGGACAAUCCGGUUUGGUUUUUUUCUUAUCCCGUUUGAAGGAGGGGGAUGAAUUGAGACGUUGGCGCUCCCAUGCGGUGGCUCGCACUCAAACGGACCUACAGUCUAAAAACCGCUGUUCAAGAGGCAAGUUCGCUCGUUCCCCUUCUUCAACAAGUUGCGUAUUCUCGCACGAAAAUAUUUUUUUGCAAAAAUCCCAAAUAGAAGUCAGACGAACUUUACGCACGACGACUGGACAAGCGAACUCUCCAACGGAUUAGUAGGGGAAGAAAAGAGGAAAAUAUCCCUCCAAAAAAGAAGUCGGUUCAAAAUUUUUUUAUACGGAAAAAAAAAGUUUAAAACCGUUCGACCAUUUCUGGACUGGCGAUGAGGGAGUUUUCGGAGUGAAAUAUGAGUUUAGUGACUGAUGGGGGUUCUGGAGUGCAAGGGUAGCGGCGGUGAGGGACAGCGAUGGUUUGAUGACAAUGUUUGAGGCUGGAGCCACGACAUGGCUCAUAGUGUUGGUGUCAGCGGCAGUUCUAGCUUCUGGCCCCUCACAUUUAGCAAACAUGACAGGCUCGGGCCGAAAAAUACGCAUCUUUUUGAACAAACAUUAUCUACAAUUGAAUUCCAACGGCACCGUCUCCGGCGCUGACGACCAAACUGUAACGAGUGAGUACAGGACUUUUAAAGGCAGAAUACAAGGAAGCACAGUUCUACUGAGAUCUUCGGUAAACGUUGGCCAAGUGAAACUAAAAGGGGUGACGACCUGCAUGUACCUCUGCAUGAACGUCUGUGGAUUGCCUUAUGCAUCGCGUGGCUUCACAGACGAAUGCGUGUUCAACGAAGCUAUCGGAGAUCACUACUACAACUCGUACACCUCGACGAAGUACUCAAACUCAAAUCGGACAUUCUACUUGGGCAUGAGGAACACUGGUGUCCCGAGGAAGGUGCUCGUCCGCAGCGGGAGAAAUCUCGGCACUUUGUCCCAGUUCACGCGGGCACUCACCCAGCCGGUGGAGGCGAUCGAAGCUGCCAAUUUGGGGGCGAUAAACUGCGAUAAAGUGCCUCGAGUCGAGAUGGCGAGGCCAAAGUGCAAAAAGAGGAGAAAAUUGAAAAAAGGCCUGAUAAAAGCGAAGAAGAGGCGGCCGGAAGGCGGCGAGCAGAAAGGGCCGGGAGGCAACUCCCGGUGCGGCGAAGGUUGCAGGCUCAAGAAGCUGCUGAUCAACAGGAAAAGGAAGUCGCGGUUCUAUCAGAGGCCGGCGCACCAGAUCCGACACCGUAAGCACAGGAUGGCGGCGAGACUGAGCGACGACGAAGACGAGAAAGUCGAAGAGGAAGACGAAGCGGAAGAAGUCGAGGACGAAGACGAAGAGGUCGAUGUUACCACAGCGGACGAUGACAUGCACACCUUCGACGACCAGCCGGAAAACCUUCUCGACAACGAGCGUUUAGAAAGCCGGAACGACCACCUUCUCUUCAGGGCGAUUGUAUUUUAACUUCAAACGGAUCCUACAACUACUUUUUUAUUUUAUUAUUAUAUUUUAUUGCGAUUGGACGUUCUAGAAAUCACUGUGGCCGGACUUUCCUAUAGGGUUUUAUUAUCCACCGAACUGAUUAAUAUGUACAUAGUAGUAUUAUAUGUUGUAGAUUUAGAUUUUUAUAGUUUGUAAUCUACUUACUUAUUUAAUGAGUUAGAAUGUAAUAAAAGUGAAUCUUAUUUAAUUUUAAAUAACUGACGUAGAUCGCCAUUUUCAUCGAAUGAUCUUUUUAGUUUUUAUUGUUUAUUUCGUCGUUGUUUGCAGCUUUUCAAUACGCUGACAUUAUUUGGGGAUGUAAAAAGACUGUUUCGCGAAUGAGAAUCUCUAUGCGCUUAUUUAAAAACUAAUCAUCCGUCCUUCUUUUGAAACCGUUCAUCGCAAUUUAUGUAAAUGUUUGGUUUGAGACAUGGGACAAAUUAUUCGAAUUAAUAGGAAAUAAAUAAAAAAAGAUUUCCCCAAAUAUUUAUUCUUAGUGACUGACUUAUAAAAAGGCCGGAUUCGAGUGACAAUGGACCAUUAUUACAAUCAUUGAUAUUAUUUACCUUAUCUACCUACAACAAUACCUCCACGAACGAGUUUUUUGUUUUUACAUUAUCCCCGUAUUUUAUAUUGAAACUGAAUAUAUUCAUUGCACACCGUGAAUCUGGUCUUUAACGUACUACUUUAUAACUGUAUUAUUUCGUUUUUGUAAUUUCAUUGGUAGUUGAUUUUAGAUUUUGAGUAUUGGGGUUACUCUUCGUGUGCUUUAAAUAUUUGUAAAGAAUUGAAAAUAUAUGACGAAUUUAUUUAUUUCAACUGUAAGAUUCAUUCAAAGUAGUUAAUUUUUAAUAAAAAAGAAGGUAGCCCUAGUACGUUUAGUCAGAAAACAGUUACCAAAAAUAUGUGUGAAAACAAUACCUGAUAUCUGCAGCCACCAAGAGCAGGAUGUUUAUUAAUCUUACAAAUGAAAAUACAAAAUCACUUAGCAUCAA